UUUUCGAUGUAACAUGUACAAUUUUUUCUUUUUAUUGAAAUGUAACAUGUACAAUUGAGUGAAGGUUAACACUACAUGUAUCAUCCUAGGUCUCUCUCUUGUGUAUAAUCAUUGUUUGUAAAAGCCGCCGGGAAGAGAAACUAAUCUUACUCCGUCGUCGGCCGGCAGAGAAACAGAGAUGCCGCCGGGAAAUUCUCCGGGGCCAUUUUCGAAUCACAGUCAGUAUAUCGCGAUAAUAUUAGUCAAUUUCUCGCGUUUCGAAUUGGAGUUCCGAAACGUGUCGGGUUUCCCGUUUCUCCCCCUGAAACUGGUUUUUCGGUUGGUUCUCCUUCCCCAGCUGGCAGCAGCCAGCAGGUAGAGGAAGCGAGGAGGUGAGUAAACAAAGAUGACGCUUUAUGUACAGAUAUUUUAUAUGGCUUGCAAAGCAGGAAACAGAAAAUCUCGAGAGCAACGCACCAGAAGAAUUUUUUUCCUUCGAGGAUGAUAGAAUCAAAGGCGCGCGAGCGCGAGAGAGUCGCAGCCGGCAAUUGAAAGACGAAGUGAACAAACGAGGGUAAACCGGAGAUCCAACUGAGCGACGGCGAGCUCGGUAUAGGUAUCGUCCUUUUGCUCUGUUCGAAAUGAAUAUGAUUUUCAUUUCUCAGCUGAGUUUCGGCCCUUGAAUAGCGAAGGAAAGUUUCGGCGCUUCAGUUAAUCGUUGGGGAUUGAUUGGGAUUGAUUGAGUUUUAGAAGACGUGAGUAAGGCUAGCAGUGACGAAUUUCGGUGGAUUCAGGGGAGGAACGGGGAGGAAGUAGCUAGUGUAAGUGAGUAAUGAUUUCUCUAAGUCGGUAGUUUAGUUUGGUAGCGUGUGUAUUAUAUGAACAUGGAGUAUCCCUUUUCUUCGACAGUAAAGGCUCGGCCAAGAGCACAGCUUGAUGAGAUAAGUUCAGCUCUGGAAGACCCAAAUAUCAAAUUUGCGGAGCUGAUGAACUUGGAUGCCUAUCCUGGAUGGUGUAAUGGCUCUCCAGCGAUGGACCACUGGCUUGUUUCAAAUUGGUUGUCGCCGUUGCAGCCCUUUCCAUUAGGAUCUUUCGAUUCACUGAAUCUUACUGCAGAACAACCUGGUUAUCUCAGCCCUAGUGUCCAUGCAGCAUCGAAUGGCCAUGGUAUCUCCCACAAUUGUGCAGACAAUGUAACCUGUCAGCAGACUGAUGCGGAAUUGGUAUAUCCAUCGGGAUCGAAUCCAGGGAAUUAACAAGAGAAUUUCAUGGUGGAGGCUAGCUGUAUGGUUUCUCGCCUCUUGGCUUCUCGCUUGACGAGAAGAUGCUAAAGGCUUUGUCCUUUCUCAGGGAGUUCUCUGGGGAUGGCAUUUUGGCACAAGUAUGGGUUCCGAUAAGGCAGGGGGGUCAAUAUGUGUUGUCAACUUCCGAGCAGCCUUACUUGCUUGAUAAAACCUUAGCAGGUUUUCGUGAGGUCUCUAGAACGUUUACCUUCUCUGCGGAGUUGAAGCCUGGGCUUCCAUUAGGGCUUCCGGGACGUGUAUUCGUCUCUAAAGUUCCAGAAUGGGCCUCAAACGUAGUUUAUUACAAUAAGGAAGAGUAUGUGAGGGUGAAGCACGCGGUUGACCAUGAAGUCCGGGGUUCUAUUGCGUUGCCUAUUCUAAAUCCUUCUGGCACGUCCUGUUGUGCUGUUCUGAAACUUGUCACUGUUAAGGAGAAGUCUGAUUUUGAUUCUGAGAUGGAGAACAUUUGCCAUGCACUUCAGGCUGUAGACUUAAGAAGUACUCUACCUCCUCGGCUUCUACCCCAGUGCCUGUCAGAUAACAGAAGAGCCGCUCUUGCUGAAAUAAUGGAUGUCCUACGAGCAGUUUGCCACGCACAUACAUUGCCUCUUGGUCUAACUUGGAUUCCUUGCCAUUAUACUGAGGACGCUGUUGAUGAAAUCAUAAGAGUUCGUGUAAGAGAAGGUAGUAAAUCACGGCCUACUGGGAAAUGUGUUUUGUGCAUAGAGGAUACAGCUUGUUAUGUGAACGACAGGUCGAUGCAAGGGUUUGUGCAUGCUUGUGUGGAGCAUUAUAUUGAGGAAGGCCAAGGCAUAGCUGGUAAAGCACUUCAAUCAAAUCAUCCUUUCUUCAUCCCAGAUGUGAAGGCAUAUGACAUAACCGAGUAUCCGCAUGUCCAUCACAGUCGUAAGUAUGGACUAAAUGCUGCAGUUGCAAUCAGGCUGAGAAGCACAUAUACUGGUGACCACGACUACAUAUUGGAACUGUUUCUUCCGGUCAACACAACAGGGAGUCAGGAGCAACAACUCUUGUUGAACAGCCUCUCAAACACAAUGCAAAAAGUUUGCAAGGGCUUAAGAACAGUUUCUGAUGCAGAAUUAGCUGCUGGUGAAGGUGAUAGAGUUGGAUAUCACAAGGAAACAUCGGCAGUCUUCCCUCAGAUCUCUAUAUCAGAGAAAAACUCUCAAACCGCAUUAUCAAGUGCAUUUUUGGACACUGCAGGUAUAGUGGAUUGUAAUGCAUCCAGCUCCAGAAUCGAUAGAACAGAAUCAGGCAGUCAGAAUUAUCGGGCUACCACUGGGCCCAGAAAACAGCUGGAGAAGAAAAAGAGCAAUGUAGAGAAGAAUGUGAGUCUAAGUGUUCUUCAGCAAUACUUCUCUGGAAGUCUCAAGGAUGCUGCGAAAAGCAUUGGCGUUUGCCCUACAACACUGAAAAGGAUAUGCAGACACCAUGGAAUAUCAAGAUGGCCAUCCCGCAAGAUCAACAAAGUGAACCGCUCAUUAAAGAAAAUCCAAACUGCGCUUGAUUCAGUCCAAGGAGUAGAAGGUGGAUUCAAAUUCGACCCUUCUAUUGGUGGAUUCACAGCGGGGGGGCCCACACUCGAUGAACUCGACACGGAAACUCCAUUUCACAUUCAUCAUCCAGAACCACUCGCCGAACCUGCUUCUAUUGCCGCAGUCAAAGUCGAGGACGACUUAAUAACCACCACCAUGACACCCUCGAUCGACUGCAGCGAGGAAGAUUCAAAGCCUCGACGAUGCGGUCCCCACGAAAUCACACAACUCGACAAGUCAAGCUCCCAACAUCCUUCCUGGAGCGACAACAGCUCGUCACAUGGGACGAGAAAUGCUGAUGGGAAGAUCUUUACUAUGAAGGCUAGUUACAAAGACGACACGAUCAGGUUCAAGUUCGAUCCUUCUGCAGGGUGUUUCCAUCUGUACGAGGAGGUCGGCAAGAGGUUCAAGCUGCAGAGCGGGACGUUCCAGCUCAAGUAUAUGGACGACGAGGAAGAGUGGGUGCUGCUGACGAGCGAUUCGGACCUGCACGAGUUCUGCGAGAUACUCGAUUACGUAGGGAAAGAGAGCGUGAAGCUCGUCGUUCGAGAUGUGCCCUUUGCAGCUGGGAGUUCCGGUAGCAGUAAUUGCUUUCUGGCGGGAAGCUCGUAGCCGUGUGUGUGUACAUACAUAAGUCAUCUAUGGUUAAAGUAAAACGCAGGCAAGAUAGAAAAUACCUUUUAUGGUUUUGUUGUUGUACUUUACAUAUUAUCACGCUCGUGUUCAGUUGAAUAGAGGGUAGUGCUGACGUUGGCAAUAAAGGUCUGGCAGGACCAUGAUGUUGGAAAUGGAUAUAUGCCAUCAUUUCCUUCUUUCACUUUUGGUAUAUGUACUUUGUAGAUGUGUAAGGUUAAAUACUAAUUUCAAUCACCAUACUCAGGUCUCGAAAUUAAACUUGAUAUCGAGAC